UCGCCACCAUGCCGGUGAAGGGCGGCACCAAGUGCAUCAAGUACCUGCUCUUCGGCUUCAACUUCGUCUUUUGGCUUGCAGGAACAGCUGUCCUCGCAAUUGGAUUAUGGCUUCGGUUUGAUUCACAGACCAAAGAUCUUUUUCGGGAAGACACCAAUUCAACAUUCUAUACAGGAGUCUACAUUCUGAUUGGAGCUGGUGCGCUCAUAAUGCUUGUGGGUUUCCUGGGAUGUUGUGGAGCAAUACAGGAGUCCGAGUGCAUGCUUGGCUUGUUUUUCCUCUUCCUCCUUGUGAUUUUUGCUCUUGAAGUAGCCGCUGCCAUCUGGGGAUUUGGGAACAAAGAGACGAUUAUUGAUGAAAUACAGAAGUUUUAUGAGAAGUUGUACGAAAAAAGAAACGAACAAGGUCCUAGAGAAGCUCUGAUAACCAUUCAGAAAGCCCUUUACUGCUGUGGCUAUGGGGGAGUCAUAGAAGCACUGUUUCGAGAUACCUGUCCCAAAUCAGACCAAUUAGUGGACCUUACACUAAAGCCAUGUCCUGAAGUCAUUAAGGAGGUCUUCACCACAAAGCUGAAUGUGAUUGGAGCCGUUGGCAUCGGAAUUGGGGUGGUGAUGAUCUUCGGUAUGAUUUUCAGCAUGAUCCUUUGCUGUGCUAUCCGCAGAAAUCGAGAAAUGGUCUAAAGCGACUUUAGAGGGUCCCCCUUCAAGAAAUCUUUAUUGUUAACUUUAGCAUUAUAAAAGCAUUUCUAAAAUUAUAUUUGUUACACUUUUUUUAAAAAAAGCUUUACUUGCUACUGAUGUUCUUAGUUUUUUGCUCUUUGUGUUUAUAAAACUUUAAAAGGAUUCUACUGUUGAAAAGGUACUAUAUUUGUUAGUCUGCAGACCCAAACAUCUUGUAUAUACAGUUUUCAUCUCUAAAUAGUUGUCAUUUUUCUUUAAACUUACAAACGGGAUGUAAUUUAUGUUGGAGAAAAUUUGAUACUUAAUAAAGACUUAAGACCACCU